AUGGAUCCUAUCAAAUAUUUCACAUUUUCUAUGAUUAUCUCUAUUUCAGGUAUUCGGGGAAUCCUCCUUAAUAGACGAAAUAUUCCUAUUAUGUCAAUGCCAAUUGAAUCAAUGUUAUUAGCUGUGAAUUCGAACUUUUUGGUAUUUUCUGUUUCUUCGGAUGAUAUGAUGGGUCAAUCAUUUGCUUCAUUGGUUCCAACGGUGGCAGCUGCGGAAUCUGCUAUUGGGUUAGCUAUUUUCGUUAUUACUUUCCGAGUCCGAGGGACUAUUGCUGUAGAAUCUAUUAAUAGCAUUCAAGGUUAA